AUGGAUGAAAGGCGUAUCGCUCAAAUCGAAUCUUGGCUUGACGAAGAUUAUAGCAGUGAUGAUUUGGAAGAUGACGCAAGCUCAAACGAUGAAGAAGAUUUUCUGGAAGUGCAGGAUCACCAAUCUGAAUCUGAACAAGAAGAAGAAACUCCAAAUGAGGUAUCUACCGUAACCGUUUCUGAACUAGGACAAGAUGAUUCCUCACAAGUUGGCUGCGAGGAGUAUUACAUUGGUGUGGAUAAUACUCGCUGGAGUAAGACUGCGCCAUCGAAUAGAGGAAGAACUCGCAGUCACAACAUUGUUUUUGUACCUCCAGGACCAAAAGGAAUCGCCCGGGAGAAAGGUGCUGCUGAGGAUUGUAUAUCUCUUUUCUUAGAUGACGUUGUAAUUGAUCUGAUAGUAAAAUAUACUAACAUAAAGAUCGAGCACAUUAAACAAAAAUAUGCCAGAGAACGUGAUGCCAAAUUGACGGAUUCUACUGAAGUAAAGGCAUUUCUCGGAAAAAGUCAUACAGAGCCAUGUCUGACGAAUAUGGAGGAUGGAGCAUCAUUACAGUAUUGUAUUGACUAA